CCCGCGACGGGGCGCAGCGAGGCGGCGGGAGUUGUUUGCGGGCGUUGCUCAUCGCGACGAGGGAGGGAAGCGGCGGGGCCGGCCGGUGACUUCAUCGCGGCUUCCUGGCCCGCGGCUGGGCGGGCGGGCAUAAAAGCAGCCUCAGCAGGCAGCCCCAGCAACAAAAGCCGCAGCACCGAGCAAGAGUCGCUCCCGCCAGACAGAGAGAGAAAACAAGCAGGUAGGAAAGAACUGAAGCUGCUCGCUCGCUGGGCGCUUGGGCAGUCCUGCGGGCUGCAGCGCACGUCGGGAGAGGCGGACGCGAGUCCAAGCAGGGUCCCGUAGCCGCCGCGCCUGCCUUCCCGCGUUGCAGGGGCUUCAGGCUUCCUCCGGAGGGGAAUCGGGACCGGGAAGAGCCCCGAAAGCGGCCCUAGGGCGGGGGCACGACGGCCAAGCGCUGUCCCGCCGCCCCCUCGAGCUGCGCAUCUGGACGAAGGCGCCCCCGGGGAAGGGAGACCCCUCUCCCUGCGUCCCCCUACCCCGUCCCCCAGCCCCGCGCCCCUAUUCCCAGACGGCCGAGCCGUGCGCCUUCCUCUCGUCGGGGGUCUCCUCUCUCACCGCCUUCUCCUCCCCUUCCUAGGAUGCCUCAGCCGUCGAGCACGACCCCCGGCGCCUCCCGGAGCCUGGCCUGGGCUGUCACCCUGGCGGGGCUGGUGGCCCUGUCCUGGGCGUCCCCGGCGCCCCUCGCCCGGCCGGGCGUCUCCCGCGUGGCGAGCCUCUCCACCGACUUCGGCGUGCGCGUCUUCCGCGAGGUGGCCGCCGCCUCCGGCGAGCGCAACGUGGCCUUCUCUCCCUACGGCGUCGCCUCCGUCCUCGCCAUGCUGCAGAUGGCCGCCGCCGGCGAGACGCGGAGACAGAUCCAGGACAGCAUGGCUUUCAGCCUCGACGGUGAGUCCGCAGCCUGGGUGGGGGGCGCUCGCUUGAGAGGGGGCUGGAGGGGGCCGUGGGGCGCAGCGGCUCAGGGAAGCCUCCGACACUUUGUUCUGGCUUUGCUGCAACAAGGGAAACUUGAGGGUGGCAGCAAAGUUCUGCCUCGCUGGCAUCCACUUGAGGUGCAGGAUGCAUCCCCUUAGGGGGCAGGAGAAGCCCCGCAGGACAGACCCCACCACUAGCCGGAGCAAGCCAGCCCACUGAGGCAAGAAAUAUGUGGGGAGAACCCCCAGCUAUUUCAUAGAAUCAGAGUUGGAAGAGACCCCAAGGGCCAUCGAGUCCAACCCCCUGCCAAGCAGGAAACACCAUCAGAGCACUCCUGACAUAUGGUUGUCAAGCCUCUGCUUAAAGACCUCCAAAGAAGGAGACUCCACCACACUCCUUGGCAGCAAAUUCCACUGUCAAACAGCUCUUACUGUCAGGAAGUUCUUCCUAAUGUUUAGGUGGAAUCUUCUUUCUUGUAGUUUGGAUCCAUUGCUCCGUGUCCGCUUCUCUGGAGCAGCAGAAAACAACCUUUCUCCCUCCUCUAUGUGACAUCCUUUUAUAUAUUUGAACCUGGCUAUCAUAUCACCCCUUAACCUCCUCUUCUCCAGCUCCCUGACACCCCAGCGGGGGCCAAGCUGGGUUGUGAAGCUGCUCUCCGGGUCCCUGAGCUGACCCCCCACCCCAUGCAAGAAAGGCUGCUGCCCCAACAUCCCUGGUGCUGCAGUGACAUUCAGGGGCUGGUCUUGGGAGGAGGAAUAAUAAUAAUAAUAAUAAUAAUAAUUUAUUAUUUAUACCCCACCCAUCUGGCUGGGCUUCCAACAAAAUAUUAAAAUACAAUAAUGCAUCACACAUUAAAAGCUUCCCUAAACAGGGCUGCCUUCAGAACUGAGGGGUGAGUGGGUGCCCUCUUUUCCUUGCCCCCUUGAGCUCCCUGCCUCUUCCAAGCAGAGCCAGAUUGAUAGAUGGGGGGGGGGCUGUCAUGGGCUGCUUGCCUCUCAGCUAUCUGGUCAAAGCACCAAAAUAAACCCCAAAUAUUCGCUAGCUGAGCUGGUGAUACAGUGGGAGUUACCCACUGUGUCAACAUUCAUGUUUUGUUUUGUUUUAAUUGGGGAAUUAGUUGUUGUUUUUAAUAACCUCUUAUGCAACUGGGGCGACUCAUGCAUUCAGAUCAUAGAAUUGUAGAGUCAUCUAGUCCCAUCCCCUGCAAUGCAGGAAUCGCAGCUAAAGCAUCCAAGACAGAUGGCCUUCCAACCUCUGCUUAAAAACCUCCAAGGAAGGAGAGCCCACCAUCUCCCAAGGGAGUCCGAAUCUCCUUCCUUGCAAUAUCAAGCCAUGGAUUCGAGUCCUACCCUUUGGAGCAGCAGGAAACAUGCUUGCUCCAUCUUUCACACAGCAGCCCUGAAGAUAUCUGAUGUUGGCUCUCAUAUCUCCUCUCCUCCAGGCUAAACAUUCCCAGCUCCUUCAACCGUUCCUCAUCAGGCUGGGUUUCCACACCCUUAACCCUCUUGGUUGCCUUCUUCUGCGCCCCUUCCGGCUUGUCAACGUCCUCUUUAAACUAGGGUGCCCAGAAAUGGACACAGGACUCCAGUUGCAGUCUGAUCAAGGCAGAAUAGAGUGGUACUAUUCCUUCCCUUGACACUAAACGUCUGCGGAUGCAGCCUAGAAUAGCAUUCGCCUUUUUUGCUGCUGCAUCACACUGUUGACUCAUGUUCAGCUUGUGGACCACUAAGACCCCUGACGUCUUUCACAUGCACUGCUAGUAAGCCAGGUGCCCCCAUCUUCCAAUGAUGCAGCUGGUUCUUCCUGCCUAAGUGCAGAACCUGACAUUUGUCCCUAUUUUUUUAAAAAAAGUUUUUAUUAAAGAUUUUCUUAGGUUACAAAAGUACAUACUUCUGUGCAUUUUCAGAUCAUAAAGUCCUUUCUACAAAUCAGUUAUAUUCGAUGUGAGACUUUGAUGCUGUAUACAGCAUAAGGUAUAGGAUGCAGGUGGCGCUGUGGGUUAAACCGCAGAGCCCAGGGCUUGCUGAUUGGAAGAUCAGCGGUUCGAAUCCCCAUGACGGGGUGAGCUCCUGUUGCUCGGUCCCUGCUGCUGCCCACCUAGCAGUUCGAAAGCACAUCAAAGUGCAAGUAGAUAAAUAGGUACCGCUCCAGUGGGAAGGGAAACGGCGUUUCCGUGCGCUGCUCUGGUUAGCCAGAAGCGGCUUAGUCCUACUGGCCACAUGACCGCUGUACGCCGGCUCCCUCGGCCAGUAAAGCGAGAUGAGCGCCACAACCCCAGAGUCGGUCACGACUGGACCUGAUGGUCAGGUGUCCCUUUACCUUUACCUAUUCUUAUCAGAGUUUGGAGUCCCAACAGAUAUUGGGGUCGUCAAAGUCUCCCAUUACUGCUAUAUCUCUCCUUUUUGAAUCUUGGGUAGUCUGCUCUAGGAAGGCAUCACCCAAGUCUUCUGGCUUGGCGGUCUCUAGCAGACACCCACAGUAAGGUCCCUGUUGUUUUUCUCUCCUGAAAUUUAUACCCCUAUACUCUCAACCUGCCUUCCACGCUCCAAGUCAUGGAUUUCUCCUCAAGUGUACACAUCCUUUAUAUACAAUGCUGCUGCUCCUCCCUUCCUGUUUGGUCUGCUCCUCUUGAACCGGUUAUAACCUUCAGUUCUGACAUUCCAGACGUCAGCCUCACCCUGCCAAGUAAUGCCUUCAAGGAUCACCCUCCUUGUCAUGUGAAGCCAUUGGUUUGGGUAGAUGGUGCCUUGAGAAACGAGCUGCAGUGGACAAUGAAAAAGUGGAACAAAUGGAGAGAGAGAAAAGGGGAGGAACGCUCGUAUUUACGGGACCGCCUCUCCUGGUCUGCCCCGCAGAGGACCUUAAGGUCCAUGAAGAACCAUAGUUUAGAGGUCCCUAAGGAAGUCAGAUUAUCCUCCGCCAGGGCCAGGGCCUUCUCAGUGGUGGCUCCGACCUGGUGGAAUGCUCUGUCCCAGGAGACCAGGGCCCUGCAGGAUUUAUCCUCCUUCCGCAGGGCCUGUAAGACAGAGCUAUUCCACCUGGCUUUCAAUUUGAACUUAGCCUGAUCUUUUAUUCCUCUUCCUUCCCUUUUUAUGAAGAUCACCCGCUCUGAGACCCCACAGCUAAUUCUCCCCUGGUCUCCUCGCUGGCCCAAAUUGGACUAAUUUAGCCAGCUAGCCCUGGGGAUCAUCUAAUGUUUAUUGGAUGGAUUUCCCCCCUAAAUUGAUUUUUUGAAUUCUGAAUUUAUUGUUAUUCGUGUUUUAUACUGUAUUUUAUGCUGUUUUUUGUUGCAUCAAUAAAGUGUUUUAAAUUUGUUGUUAGCCAUCCCGAACCCGGUUUUCUGAACCGGGAAGAGCGGGGUAUAAAUAAAAAAUUAUUAUUUAUUAUUAAUGAUCUCCCGCCCUCGCUGGGCGCUUCCUCCCUGCAGAGUGGGGCAUCCCCAGAGCCCUGCGUUGGUUGCAGAAGGCGCUGACGGACCCCAGGAACAAAGAUGUAGUGGACACGGCUGACGCCCUCUUUGUGCAGAGGGACCUGGAGCUCAGCCCGGGGUUCAUGCCCCACUUCCACCGGGUCUUCCGCCAGACGGUCAAGCAGGUGAACUUCACGGAGAGCGAGGAAGCACGCAGGAUCAUCAACAGCUGGGUGCAGGACCACACGAAAGGUGAGUCUCUCUCUUGGCAGCACUGCAAGGGAAAGGGGGAACUGGGCCGCCUGACAGUCACGAUGAUUGACAGGUGGGCAGGCCCAUGGGGGGGGACAACGCAGGAUCCAGCCCACUUGACAGAAAGGGUUAUUUUUUUUAUUAUUUGAGGACAUAUUGUAAACCAAGUAAAACAUUAGUGAGGUUGAUAUAAACACGCACAGUAAGAGAUAAUAAAGGGAAGGAUGAGGGAAAAUUUAUAAAUGUAUUUGAAUGGGAUAUGCAAUAAUAAAAAUAUAUGAACUGCAGAAGGGAGAGGGAGGAAAGUUGAGGGAAAGGUAAAUUAGAUUUGUAAAGUUUUCCCACCCUGACUAAAAUAUUUGUAAAAAAUGAAAAAUGAAAUUAAAAAAGAAUUUCCCACACAGUGUUCGAGAGUAUUGCAGGGAGCUGAAAUAAAUAAGGGAAGAAAAGAGGAAAAGUAAAAGUAAUAAAAACAGAGGAAAGCAAGAGGAACAAAAUAACAAAAAAAAUAUAAUCAAAGUUACAGAACUAUAUAUAUGUGGAUAAAUUUAUUGUUUCCCUCCAGUAUAUGUUGAUUCAUGGGUCUCUAUGGUUUCCAUAAACAUGUUCCAAAGGUCAUUAAAUUUGUCCCUGCACAAUCUCUGCCUGCAAGGGAUCUGUUCAUGGGGUGCAAGAGAUGCCUGCCAUCUGUCCAGUUGUUAUUUUUAUUAUGCAUGUUGUGUCUUUACGCUGCGAACCGCCCUGAGGUUUGUGGGCGAAGGGCGGUGUGCACAUCUGACAGAAUGCAUGCCUUCCCCCAGGGAUGAUCCAGGACUUCCUGCCCGAGGGGACCCUGGACCACAUGACCCGCCUGGUCCUGGUGAACGCCAUCCACUUCAAGGGCCUCUGGAACCUGCCCUUCCCAGAGGCGGCCACCAGGGAGCGCCUCUUCCACAAGCUGGACGGGAGCACCCUCUCCGUCCCCAUGAUGGAGCAGACGGCAAAGUGCAACUACGGUGAGCAGCGGCGUCAAGCGGGGCUUGCCGAGAGGUGGGGUGGGAAGGGGUCUUCCUCCUCCUCCUCCUCCUAGAGAAUGAGGUCAUCAAUGUGUCAGGAACGUGGGCCCCCCAGAGCACAGCCUCAGAAAUUGAACUAAGCGAGCAAGGAGCUGAGUUUAGAGAGCACAGCCCGGCCCCCUCCCUCCCAGGGAAGAAGCUGUUAGCUCCCAAGGAGAGGGAGAGUUAGAAGUCGACAGGAGCGCUGCCAGGCAACUAGCAGAUAAGCCUGAGGCUGUGUCUUCGGGGAUUGGGGAGAAGACAGGCCAGCCGUUCAGUCCCCAAACUAGGAGACGAGAGAAGCUCAGAGAACAACAGAAGGGAAGGAGAAGAAAGGCGGGGUUUUGGCGUUCUUCCUGGUGGAAGAAUGAGUCAGACUGAGCAACUACUGUUAAUGAGAGCAGGCGGGAGGGACGUGCUCUGGACGUGUUUCUUCUUGUAAUUAAACUUGUAAGCAACAUAAAGCCGUUGCUGCUUCUCAGGCUGCUUGUUUGCCAGAGACCGUUAUGCAACGGCUACUAGUCAGGAUGGCAAUGCUCCGCAUCAGGAACUCUUCUGAAUCCCAGCUGCUCAGGAGGGAAGACUUGCUCUUGUACUCAGCUUGUGGGUUUGCCACUGUGAGAACGGGAGGCAGGACUAGAGAGGCCAUUGGCUGAUCCAGCAGCUGGGCUCCUCUCAUGGAAUCUCCAGGUCCAGGUGCAGUCUGUCUAGAGUCCUAGGGCUAUCUUAGGGGUAUCUGGCCACUGUGAGGACAGGGUGCUGGACCAGGUGGCCCCCCUUUGGCCUGACCCAGCCGUCUCUCCUUCUGUUCUUACGCCCUCCUGUCCUUUCCUCUGCAGGCGAAUUCUCCAGCCCUACAGGAGUGGAGUACGAUGUCAUCGAGCUGCCCUACCAGGGGGAGACCCUCAGCAUGCUCAUUGCCGCCCCCUUUGAGCUGGACACCCCGCUCUCUGCCCUGACCAACAUCAUGGACUCCCAGCUGGUGGCCGAAUGGAAGAGGAACAUGACGGAAGUGACAAGGCUCCUGGUCCUACCCAAGUAGGUGCCUCAACACUUCACCUGAGGAGGGCAGGUGGGAAUGUGGGGAGCCAAGACUCCCCUGGGGCCACGCCAGGCCCCCAUCUCUCCUGUUGGAUGGAUUUAGAUGAGCAGGGGUGGGUAGUUUAUUAAUUAUCCUUCCUCUCCCUUACUAGUAUGCAAGUAUCUAUUAAGUAAAGGUAAAGGGACCCCUGACCAUUAGGUCCAGUCAUGGCCAACUCUGGGGUUGCGGUGCUCAUCUCGCUUCAUUGGCCGAGGGAGCCAGCGUAUAGCUUCCGGGUCAUGUGGCCAGCAGGACUAAGCCGCUUCUGGCGAACCAUGGAAACACCAUUUACCUUCCCGCCAGAGCAGUACUUGCACUUUGACGUGCUUUUGACGUGCUUUUGACCUGCUAGGUUGGCAGGAGCAGGGACUGAGAAACAGGAGCUCACCCCGUCGCGGGGAUUUGAACCGCCGACCUUCUGAUCAGCAAGUUCUAGGCUCUGUGGUUUAACCCACAGCGCCACCCGCGUCCCUAAGUAUCUAUUACAGCAGAGUAAAAUCUCCACCCGUGCGCAGCUUAUCUGUAGAAGCUCUUGGGAGAAGUUUAUAUAACCUCUUGGAACAAUUAUGAUAUCCAAGGAUGCAAACUUGGAUUAUCUUCUCCCAUUUAUGUUCCCCUCUUAACAAGGAAAUGACUCUCAAGACUGUUUAAGUAAGCCAGAAAAACGUAAGGUUUACUCACAUUAAAAGUCUUGCCAGGUUUCAACAGUUACAGUGGUGAAAAUCAAAGAGGUAGUAAUCCCUAAACGUUACAAAACUCUAAAGCCCAGUUCAAAAUGGAGUGUGCUUUCUGGGAAACCCAGCCAGAUGGGCGGGGUAUAAAUUAUUAUUAUUAUUAUUAUUAUUAUUAUUAUUAUUAUGGAGGGAAGCUUACAGACAUCUUACCCCAUUAUAGGUAAGAAGUGUGUGCAGUGACAGGGAGGAGUAAAGAUUAACUUUUUACUAUUUCCCUUCCCACCACAAAAGUUUAGAGAAUAUGAAAUUCUGGAGUCCCCCGUCUGUGACUAUCUAGCAAUCAUGCCAGCUGUGAUUUGGGUGCUGAUCCUGCCACAUCUCCCAGCCAUGGUGUGGAGCUGGUGGCUGCCUGGACUGUGACACACACACCCUCACCUCUCGCCUUCCUUUUUCUGCAGAUUCUCCUUGGAGAGCGAAGCGGACCUCCGGGGGCCCCUGGAGACCCUGGGGAUGAAGGACAUGUUUGACGCAAGAAAAGCCAACUUCAGCAGCCUAUCAGGUCAGUCCCUUCUGAUCCCUGUGUGAAGACCCUUCUGGUUGUCUGGACCCCAGGGUGCCUGAUUGUAGCUCCCCAAUUGCAGUAUGUGAGAACGUGUUUCAGAGUUAAGGCAGCGAUGCUUCUGAAUCCCAGAUAUUGCAGGGAGUGCUGCUUUUGUGCAGGGAAACUCUCCUUUGGGAAGCUGGUUGGCCCCUGUGAGAGCAGGGUGCUGGGCUAGGCAGGCCACCGGCCGGAUCCAGCAAGCUCUGUUUUUGGGGGACAGAAGGCGGGCAGGUGUGGAGGACUCCCUGGUCCUGAAUGGGGUAACUGGGCCCCUGAAGGACCAGGUGCGCAGCCUGGGAGUCAUUUUGGACUCCCAGCUGUCCAUGGAGGUGCAGGUCAAUUCUGUGUCCAGGGCAGCUGUUUACCAGCUCCAUCUGGUAUGCAGGAUGAGACCCUACCUGCCUGCAGACUGCCUUGCCAGAGUGGUGCAUGCUCUGGUUAUCUCCCGCUUGGACUGCUGCAAUGCGCUUUGCAUGGGGCUACCUUUGAAGGUGACCCGGAAACUACAACUAAUCCAGAAUGUGGCAGCUAGACUGGGGACUGGGAGUGGCUGCCAAGACCACAUAACACCGGUCAUGAAAGACCUACAUUGGCUCCCAAUACGUUUCCAAGCGCAAUUCAAAGUGUUGGUGCUGAUCUUGAAAGCCCUAAAAAGCCUUGGUCCAGUAUACCUGAAGGAGCGUCUCCACCCCCAUCGUUCUGCCUGGACACUGAGGUCCAGCUCCAAGGGCCUUCUGGCGGUUCCCUCCCUGCGAGAAGCCAAGUUACAGGGAACCAGGCAGAGGGCCUUCUCGGUGGUGGCACCCGCCCUGUGGAAGGCCCUCCCACCAGAUGUCAAAGAAAAAAACAACUACCAGACUUUUAGAAGACAUCUGAAGGCAGCCCUGUUUAGGGAAGCUUUUAAUGUUUGAUGUAUUACUGUAUUUUAAUAUCUGGUUGGAAGCUGCCCAGAGUGACUGGGAAAGCCCAGCCAGAUGGGCAGGGUAUAAAGAAUAUAUUAUUAUUAUUAUUAUUAUUUAUUAUUAAAGCAAUAACAAAGAGGUCCUGUUGAGCAUGUGCCGAGGGCCUUGGCCUGACCGCAGCCUGCUCCCAGACUACACAGGAAAGUCAAACAGCAUUUUGGGCUUUUUAGGGGUGUGCUGCGGAAGCAGCCACCCAAUCAGAGAGCUGUUUUCUCCUUCCACACUCCAAAUAAAAAUAUAUUGCACUGUUGCAGAGGAUGCGGCGGGGGCUAUAUUGAUGCCCAGCUUGCUUUUAGCAUUGUAGAGUUUGAAAUGGUUCCCACGGGUUGUGUAGUGCAACCCCACCAGCAACGCAGGAAUCACAGCAACAGAAUCCCUGGCAGAUGUGCCUCCCGUCUCUGCUUAGAAACCUCAAACGACUCAUAGAAUUGUAGGGUUGGAUGGGUCCCCCAGUGGUCAUCCAGCCCAACCCCACAUGGGAUGCAGGAAUUGCAGCGAAAGAAGCCCUUGCAGACGCCCAUCUGACCUCUGUUUGAAAACACUUGGACAUCCCAGCUGAGAACGAGGCAGCCAAUGGCCCCCCUUGCCCCCUCCUGCCCCUCAGCGGCCCCCUUCCCCUGCUCACUGCCUUGUCCCCCUUUGCAGACCAAGAAUCCCUCUUUGUGGCUCAAGCCCUGCAGAAGGUGAAGAUCGACGUGAAUGAGAGCGGGACGGAGGCCUCCUCUGCUACAGGUGAGGGUCGCUGUUGCUGGGAAAGGGUGACCCACUUCUCCUUCCUGCAGUUGUAUUUUUUUGGGGGGGGGGGUCGGGGGAGUUUUGAACCUGCUUAUCAGAGCUCUGAUGAGCUUACUUCCCCUUCAGAAAUGUUCUGAACUGCUUAAUAUAAAAACCAGUGAGCAAUAAAAUUCAGGUAUGCAGUAAUGCUGUCAGUGUGUCAGAUAACAUCGGGAAGUACCAAAAAGACAAGGUGAGAGAACGCCAAGCAGGCCAGGCCCACCUUGAAUGGCCAGGGAAAGCCUGGGGGGGGGGGAGGGUUGUAUCCAAAAGACACCUGGAGCAGGUGACCAAAGAUGGAACCUCAUUUCCUGCAUCAUCCCAAAUAGCCGCGGCAGAAAAUGCCCUUGUUAACCUUUCGCCUUUCCCCAAAAGCAGAGCACAUGAGCACUGACCCUAUUGCUUAGGGGGUCUUUGGAGGUUUCAUCCAGACACACCCCACUGCAUCUCUUUCCUGGGGUUACCCUAAACAGCCAGCUCAUUUCCCAGGCUGUCCUCUGGGCUGCCUCCAGUUCCUCACAUUGAUGCAGCCCUCAAACUCCUCUUCCUUUCUAAAAAUCAAUUUUAUUAAUUGAUAAAAAAAAUUGAUAAUAUCAGUUUUAUUAUCAACAUAAAAGGAAAUGGUAAAGGAACCCCUGACCAUUAGGUCCAGUCAUGACCGACUCUGGGGUUGCUGCGCUCAUCUCGCUUUAUUGGCCGAGGGAGCCGGCGUACAGCUUCCGGGUCAUGUGGCCAGCAUGACUAAGCCGCUUCUGGCGAACCAGAGCAGCGCACGGAAACGCCGUUUACCUUCCCAUCAGAGCGGUACCUAUUUAUCUACUUGCACUUUGACGUGCUUUCGAACUGCUAGGUUGGCAGGAGCAGGGACCGAGCAACGGGAGCUCACCCCGUCGCGGCGAUUCGAACUGCCGACCUUCUGAUUGGCAAGUCCUAGGCUCUGUGCUUUAACCCACGGCGCCACCCGCGUCAACAUACUAUACAGUAAAAUCCAAACUAAGCUAAACAGAAAAAUAAAAAAGCAACAUAUCAAACAGAAAGAAAACUAAAGAGAAAUAGGAAGUAUGAUGCAAUAAGAAAUAAGAAUCGUGUUUCCUUUCCUCAGCUGUCAUCAUCUAUGCCCGGAUGGCCCCCCUGGAGAUUGUGAUGGACAGGCCCUUCCUCUUCCUCGUGCGACACAACCCAACCGGUAAGAGCGCUUUUCACAGAAUCGUAGAGUUGGAAGGGACCCCUAAGGGUCAUCUAGCCCAACCCGCCACAAGGCAGGAAUUGCAGCUCAAGAAACCCUGAUUCCCACGGCCACCGACCUUUGCUUAAAAGCCUCGAAGGAAGGAGAGCCCCACACCUUCCGAGGGCGUCCGUUCCACUGUAAAACGACUCUUGCCUUCAGGAUGGUUUUCCUGAUGUUGAGUCGAAAUCUCCUUCCCUGCAAUUUGUGGUUUUGCUUCUGCAGAGAACAAAUUUGCUCCACCUUCCGCGUGACAAACCCUGUAAACAGAGCAAGGCUGCGUUUGAGAACGGUGCAAGGCUGCCUCCUGGCGGCUGCCUCUGGGACCACCCAGCCUUAUUUUAUUUUUUUCCUCCAAGGCGGGAGUGACCUUUGAACCCACCUAUAUUAUAUAGUCAUCAAUGCAUUUUAUAUCCCACCUUUUCCUGUGUUAGCGUAGAAAUCUGAGUUCUCCCUUGGACAAAAAACAAGGACCCCAGCCAGGAAUCCCAGCCAAACAGCAGCCAGUCGGCUUGGUCUUGAUUGAAGACUGUCGUGACAGGACUCCCACCUGCCACAAAGUGGAACAAGAUGGAAGCCCCAUACAAAAGAGAACCCAAACUUUUAUUAGCUGCUAAUCCCCAUGUUACACCCCCCCAAACUACAUCACUAAUACAUCAUGAAAGGGGAGGUCUGGUGGCAGGAAUCUGAGCAUCCUGGACCCUGCCCCAUGGUUCCCCUUGCCCUCCACCAAACACCCAUCCACUGAAGCAAAAGAUAUAUUUACAUUUCCCUGUUUCCCAGCCAAGUCAAUCCCACCUUUUUGUCUUCAUCUGGGUUUGCUAUUUCUGGAAUGGCUACCUGUCUGGCACUCAGGUAUCAGGAGGCCAGGGAUUAUCCCUCAGGCAGAGGGGCUGCUGAGUAGCUGAGCUCACAGGCCUAUAUGAAUUUCUGAAGUUUUCCCAGUGAGCCAGUACACAGAUGCAUUUAUCAGUGAAUUCUUACAUUUGGUAUUGUGCAGCAGAGGCCCUUUGAAUAGAUAGGAAGAAACUGUGAUGAAGUGUUUUGUGGGGACAAAUCACAAAAGUCACAAAAGUGAUGGUGCUGGUUUUGGUAGUGGGCUGCAUGUGCAGGAUAUCUGCUAGAGGGGCAACCCCCACCCCCCCAAUCUAUACAUAAAUUCGUGCAACACUUCUCUUUCUUUCCUUUCCAGGCACCAUCCUAUUCAUGGGGCAGGUGAUGGAGCCCUGAGUGACCCCCAUCUUGUUCAGCCAGAAUCUCUCAGGAGCCGGAAGAAGUUUUUCCUCCCUUUCUGUUCCCCUCCCUCUACAUUCCCCCCCCCCCAAGAGAGACCUGCCGCCAGCCGCGACCUCCCUCCGCCUGCUGCUGAGUGGUAGCACCAGGCACAGCACCCUCUCACCCCCCAGGGAAGAAGCCUCAGUUGGUCUUUCGGCUGGGAAGAGGCUGCCCCCUCUGCCCCCUGGGGCAGAAGAGAGCCGCUCUUCAGAAAGACAAGGCUCCAGCCACGAUGUCCGCACAGCCGCUUCUGCCUCCGCCAGAGUCCUCCUUGCCGGGGGGGGCUGGGGAGCAACUGAGCACCCUUGCUCACCCUCGGAUGGGGUGGGGCUGCGGCCAGGCCAAGAAAUCCCCGAUGAUGUGUGCCCCCUACCUCACACUGGACUGGAACCCUGCCCAGUCAGGGCUAGUGGCUUCAUUUGAUGUUUACGCCGGAGUAGAGCAGGGAUCUCUGCCUUCUCUCUUUAUUAUUAUUCUUAAGUAUGUAUGUAUGUGUUUGGAGCGGGGGGGUGUUGUGUCCCCCCCCCAUCGGAUGUGGAUGGGUGGGGGCUGCAGAUUAGCACUUUGAAUACGUCCAUUUUCCUUCUGCACUGCUGAGAUGGACAUUUGUGAUGAAGUAUGUUUUAACAGAGAGGCUUAAUAUAAGUUUGGCUUACUGUUUGAAUUUAAUGAAAUAUGUUGUUGGGGUGGUGAUGAUGAUUAUGAUGUGAGCAACCUUCCCUUCCUCCUCUUGUGCCCCCCUGAGGAAGGGCAGCAUCCCUCCUUCUUGCAAGAUGCCUGCUCUGGAAAGGGCUAAGAAAACUGCACGCAUCUCCAAACAUUCCCGAAAAGAAUCUCCUCCUUUCUUUCAACCCCCAACACGCCUGGCCUUAACAUGGCCCAGUUUUCCUUACGCGGAGACCUUUGAGAUGCUACAGAUUCUGCAAUUUCUGGCACACAGAAGGAGCCCUUUUGCCCAGACCCCCAAGAGCCACGGGGUCUUCUGCAAGCAAAAAACCGAGGCCUCUCUUUUGGAAACCCUGCAAAGUUUCGAGGCAAGCUUGCUGUGACCCACAUGGGCCCAGAAGCUGCUGCGAAUGGCGCUGUGCCAGCAGCCUUUGCCAGCCUGAGGGACACCCCCCCCCAUUUCUGCUUAAUGGCUCUCUGGCCCGAGUUCCCCCGUCCUUGUGAUUUCCCAGGACAGCGUCCAGUUAAUUGUAAAAAUGGCACUGGGAUUGCUGAGCCCAGCAGACGCGAUGUUUUGCCCAGAGGCCUUGGCUGCCCUCCAAGUGGAUUAUCCCCUCCAGAUCCGCUGAGCUGGGCGGCUGCCGGGGACCCCCCAGCGAGGGCCCUUGAAGGCUGAGCUUGGUACAAAUUGGGCAGGGGGGGAAGGUAGAGGGCACCCCCCACAUAGGUGGGGAAGGACAUCCCAAAGGAAAGCUGGUUUUGUGCAGCGCUGAAAGAGAGCAAACUGGAAGCGCUUUGGGAGCAAGCCAGUUCUGAGUGCCCCCCUCCUCAAGAAGUAAAAGUGCCAGCAUUCAGAUAUUUAAUUGGGGCCUGGGAGUCACCUUGAGAUUCAGGUGCCUGCUGAUUUUAGCUGACUCAGGAGCAUCCAUCUCUUGUGAGAGGCUCCCCAGGGCGUCUGAGAAGGACCUCUGUUUUCCCCUCUGCUGACCAACUGCCCCACGGCUAGGAGGUCACGCCUGCCCCCUGCCCCCUUGCGCUGCCUCAAAAACCAGUAUUUAUACAGAGAGAUCGAAUUCUAUUCCUAGAGGAGGUUAUUUUUUCACUUUUCUUGUACAGAAAUCUGAUUUAUAUUUGUAUAUAUAUAACUAUUUCUAUACGUGUGUUUGCGGGGAGAGUAUUUUGCAUUCUACUUUUGAUAGGAAAUAAAAACACUACGACCAUCUUG